UGGUUUGUUGUCUCGAUGCUUUUCACAUAUUUAGACAUGAUGCUGAUGGCACUGCAUACCAACUCGCUCCUUGUCGUAGCUACAAUUUCACCUAGCGAGCAAAUCUUCCGAUGACCGACGCACCCGCGACCGCUCCGACGCGCGCUGCUCGCGGCGCGAAGCGGCCGCCUCCAGCAUUCGAACGAGCAGCCGAUGACGCGUUGAACAGCCGGUUCCUGGUGUUGCAAAAGAUCGGACCAACCUCCUUUCUGAUCCAGAGGGACACGGACACCUCGGUCGGAACAGAUGGUCGUGCAGAAGACGACGACUCAGACGCAGACGGGCAGGACGGUGGUACGAGUAGUUCUAUCGUGAUCCACGCUGACGAGGGGCGGGGGAUAGAUUUGCGGGAUGUUUCCUCGUCCUCCUCACGAGCUGACACGGGAGGCGUGCACGGAGGAACAGAUACAACAGGAGCAAGACGCAAAGCAUCAAGCUCCUCGAAUCAUAAAAAUACUUCGGCCCGUAACAUUCAGAAGUUCAAAGUGUGCCUAGGUGUGCCCUGUCACACCUGUACCUGCGGUACUACUGGUGCGGGGAAUCAUCUUGACCAAGCGAACGCGCCAGGAGGCGGGUCAACAGGGUCGGCAUCUUCAGGACCUUCGAGGAGUAAACCAACUUCGAUCACCACGACGCAGUGGUGCGUGCACAUUUGCUACGUGCUCCUGAAGGUGUUGGGAGUUGCAAGGGAUUUUCCCGUCGCGUUUCAAGACCGGAUCACCGAGGUGGAGCUGGACCAGUUGCUCAGCUACCGAGACAUGAUGCGCGAAGCGAAGUUUGUGCGCGAACAGAAGCAGAAGCGGCGCGAGGAGAUGAUGCAGCGAAUCCAGAACAGUCGGACUGGCGGUGGGGGUGCGGUAGCUGGAACCGACGCCGCACAUGGUGGUGGUACGGGUAGUUGUGGUAACAUCCGCCCGCCGCAAGAGGACGACCAGUGCCCGAUCUGCUUCGACGACUUGCUGGCGGAUGACGAGUUGACGUGCAAGCCCGUCGUGAACUGGGAGCGGAAUUUUGCGCUGACCUUCUGUACCGAGGGCUGCAAGCAGGCCGUGCACACGGCGUGCAUGUACAAGUGGUGCGAGCACCACAAGUCCGACGGCGCCACCACCUGCCCGUUGUGCCGCGUUCCCUGGUCCAAGGAACAGAUUUUGCAGCUCAAUAAACGCUACCAGCGCAGUCUCCGGCAGAAGAAGGCACAGCAUCCGGGGAUGCAGUGUGGCUUCUGUAAGAUGCGUCCAAUUCGUGGGCCACUGUACGGGUGUCUGAGUAGUGUUUCAUCUGGAUCGACUGCAAAACACGACUCGGCCACGGCUUCAUCUACCGUUGGCCGGGCGGGCUUGGGGAUAGUGUCCAACACGCGUAGUGCUGGAGGAGCUGCGACUUCACUACCAACCACUCUCGUGUACUGUGAAGAGUGUUUCUACAACCCGCUGGCCCGCGCAAGUAACUCGGGUAGGUUGUUUGUCAAGAAGGCAACGGCCGACCAGAAAAGCCUAGAACUGGUGCAGCAGUGCCUACCGUCCGCCAUUUCAGCUUCGCGGCCACAGCAGCAGCGACCGCAGCCAUCGGCGGUGCAUCAGCACUUUCUUCCCCGGGGCUUGGAGUUUCAGCCGUCGCAGCAGUCCUCGCUCAGCAUGCUGCAAGAGAUUGUGGCAGCCAACCCCGAAUUCCAGGGUGUCGACGAGCUGCCGCUUAGUGUGAUUCUCGCGCUCGGCCAUGACGUGGCUGAGCAGCGACGGAGCAUAUCUAUUGAGGACUCGUUCACGCUCCAGACUACGCAACUGCAACUUCAUCAGCAGGAGCGUCAGCAAGCAGUAGGCCAGUCCGCCACGAGUACUUCUGGCGCUUCAUCAUGGUCCCGUAUAGCUGCUGCAACGAGUAGCGCGACAGCGCCAGAAGAGUCGCAAGGUCAACAAGUGGUUGCUCAUAGCGAAGAGCGGGCUGCUCCAGGCUCGGGCUCACCCUCGAUCUUUGCCGCAAUUGUGACUGCGCUGGCGACCGAGCCACCCUGCGCUGGAUAUCAAAGAGAAAAAUCCCCCCUCCCCAUAUCGAACAGGUACGUUUCCGGAAAUUUGUGUUGCUGAUUUGAGGUCACAAAUCACAUUUGUCUUGCAAGAAGACAAGGGCAGAAGCUUCCGCCGCAUUAUGGAAGCGAUUUGUCAUGCUGUGAGGCCUAAAAGGGAGCCGCCUGCCAUGCUGCACAACUAGAACCAUACGCCCCCAGCUAGCCUGGGGAUCUGGCCGCAAUGCCUCUCUGCAGUACAAACCUGAUUUGUGUACUCAGAUACAGCAUCACAAAUUUCGUUUUCGAUAUGGGGAGGGGGGAUUUUUCCUUUUGAUACUGGAGUGCAGAUGCUUCAUCCAUCCGGAAUGGAAGUGCGAGGCGCGCGGCAACCAGAGUGCGUGUUUUGCGAAGAUACAACUACCGUUCCGCGUGUGCAGCUUCCAAGGUGCGGACACUGGUGCCACGGACCGCAGUGCGUGAACAGCUUCCAAUGUCCCAAGUGCGAUACUUUUUUGCUGCGCAGCCUGGAAGUUCUGUGUGAAGAUAAGAAGAAGGCAAAUACUAGCGAAGGCCAAGCAAAUGCGAUGAGUGGCGAUGCAGCUGCGGCAGCCGGGUUACUGGCAGUGCAGGGUCAGGGGCAAAAUUCAAACGUCGCUGCUGGAUCAAGCGAACAAGACGUAGCGCUCGCUGGCGCAGCGGUCGCGGGAGCUGCUCCGUUGCGGAUGAAUAGAAGUAACCACGGCAUACGCAUAGGGCGUCGGAAGCCCCGCCAAGCUGCGCCCCUCGAGGCAACAAGAGAUGGUACAGGACUAAGACCAGCAGACCAAAAUUCUGAUCUGGACUCGUGGUGCCUGCAGCCCGGUCUAGAGGAUGGCUUUGAGCUGACGGGUGAGAGACUGCAGAGCGAACGAAGCUUGAUUGAUGCGGAAACCCAUGAGGCAAGUGUUGUGUCAUCAUCCACCUCGCGUCGAACCGCAAAUACACAGAUGAUGAAAGGGCCUAAAACAGGAGGCCGACCGCGUGCGGGACUGCCGAGUAAAGCUUCGUUCGAGCUCAGCGCGGAGCCACUGUCAGACAGGGAUCCCAUCGACGCGUUUCUUCUCGAGAAUACGGCUCCGCACGUCAGGCGUACUGAAGAUUCGGAGAAACAGACACUGGAGGAAUCUGCCUUCGCUACCCCUGCCACAUCUGCCGGAUUGUUUUCGACGCGAGGGCCGGGUCGGCCGCGCGCGCGGUCCUCAGUCCUAGAACGGAAGAAAAUGGCUUCAUCGCCAGAAAAGCUGCUGCCUUCGCGAGAUGAGACACUGGCAGUUGCAAGAGGAGAGGCAACGUCUGUAGGAGAAGGGGCCGGGGCGCAGCACGUGGUUCAGGACAAUCUUGACUUUACUCUGAUGGCCACUACCAUCAACAAGAGAAAACCCGUGACGCCUGGGAGCGAGCUCGUCGAAAGUACCCUGAACGACAAACAGCCUUCUAGUUCAUCGGAGAAGCUGCAGUCGUCACGUCGGCUCCGUGCCAAGCCAUCGGUAGGAUCAUCCGCAGUGCCGACAUCAAAGGGCAAACGCAAGGUGAACGCGGCCACCGGUCGUUUGCUGUUGGGAUCUACCCUGCAAACUGCGCCUCGCAGCGGCGAGCAGGAAUUUCGAGAAGCUUACCCCGACUCCGCCGUCAUCACCCAGUCAGAUCUUCUGUCCCUGCAGGGAUUGGGGGGCGCAAGUCUCGCUGCAACACUCCCCGAUCAUAGAAGACGAUCCACUAGGCCACGGUCAUAGCAGAAACCAUUGCGGCUUUAGUCCUCAUCGAGUGCGUGAUAUGCAGUCGUUUGCCUACUUUUCGCUGGCCAAUGCAGUCUUCUUGUAGAAUCGCUGGAGAAAACAAAAUUAUUGGAUCGCAAAAAGCACGAUUGAUGACACGCCUAGAGUGCAAUGCAAAGUCUAGAUCUACCAUGGAUGCGAAAUUUUGUUCACCGUUUUGCUCUGCAAAGUCGUAUCACCUUUGCCAUGUAAGAUCCUGAAAUGACGGAAGAGUCGAAAGUUCAAAAAAUCAAUCGCGCGAGCAGUCCGACAACUAGAAUUCAUAAACCAUUGCCGCUAACCCAAGUUACUUUCACAGGACCCCUUUCCCAUUUUUUUGUUUCUACCCUUUGAAGUAGAGUAUAGAGGUAGCCCAGCCCCCCAAAUUUCGUCUUCAGAGAGACAACCUAGUAUUCGCCCUCUUUUUGCGACAUCCAAAUUUUUCACUUACGAAAGUUAGGUUUUUUACAUCGUACCUUCGGGAAGAACAGUAGAAGCCUAGAUCACUUAAGAUUCCAGUAUUCACUUCUUUCCUCACUGUGAUAGAGGUUUUUUCCAGGCGUCCCUAAGACCAUCGCAGGCGCAGCUUUUUUUGUCGGUGCCGUUCUUCAGCCGAGAAAGAAACAACGAUCCUGCUUGCCAGGAGCAGUUUCAAAAAGAAAAAAAAAGAAAGGAAAAGAAAUAGGAAGACAGGCCACGGUCGCACUAUACAAGACGUACUUAGUUCUGAGCGUGUUGUGUUGUAAAGCAAGCACCUCCUCUUCCCGACCCUCUCUGUUCCUCGUCGGAUCUCCGUAUUGGUUCGAAGACACAAGGUUUGACUGACCCAAAAACGGUUUAGGUUCCGCAUUCUUUCUUGUCGUGGCAAAGGUG